CUACUACUACUACUACUACUACUACUACUACUACUACUACUACUACUACUACAUACGCACACAUCCUUUUUACACACCACUUAACCCUUUAUCAUUUUUCUGGAAUCCAGCAAAUGUGAAUAAAACGAGAAGAUCUGAAAGACUUCCCCUCCACCCCAGCUCCACUUUUCCUCACACACACAGAAAAUCCCAGAAAACAAUAACAUCUGAGUAAAUAAACUCAAUGAAAUUAAAUAGACAAAAUGUCAGUGAAAAAAUCAAAUGCCAGUAGAUAAACAUAAGGCUAGUGCGGUAGAUAAACAGAAUACCGGUGAAUAAACGAAAUGUAGGUAUUGUAAAUAAACUAAAUGUGAACUUUGAACGAACAUUCAGUAGCCGUAUCCCUCUCCUUCCAGUGUGCGCCAAGGGGAGGUUUGGCUUUAACUGUGUCCGACUCUGCUCUCACGUGUGUGGUCCAGGGGUUGACUGUGACGUAGUCAACGGUUUGUGCGCCUCGACUCAAGUUGCGAAACGGCGCCUUUCGAUCGCUGAACAGUGCUACCCGGAUCUGAUGGACAAGACAGUGUCCAAAUGGUUGCCCUUCUGGACGGUCCUGCCGGCUAUCUUCGUCGUCUGCCCCAUGGUACUUUUCGCCUUCGUCUUCCUCUUUAAUAACGAAAAUGUGAACAAGUACAAUUUGGAAGACAAGGGGGAGGAGGAAUCAGGGGAGGAGGAAGAGGAUGAGAAGGAGAAAGGGAGCCGCUCUGACAGCAGUCAAUCAGUCAACUCCUCGAGCAGCGGUGCGUCUGACGGCUCCUCGGAUAAUACUUCCACAGACUCAGACACGGACUCAGAAUCGGAGAAGGAGAGCGACGAAGAGAGCAAUAAUAAAAGCCCGAGUGGGAGCAAGAAAGAGACCGAGAAAGGGAGCGACAAUAUGAGUAACAAAGAGAGCGACCAAAAGAUUAAUAUAGAGAAAGACGAAAGCAGCACUAGAAAGAAAAGAAAAUUCUUCGGACUUUUCAAACGUAGCGACAAAUCGAUCAAUAAACAUAGAAACAAAGAUGGCAAUAGAAAGAACAACAAAAAUAGUGACUGAAAGGAGGGGGGAAGAAGGGACAAGAAAGGGAACAAAUAAAAAAAAACAGCCAAGGGGGGUGACUGAGGGAGCAGCAAAAGGAGCAGCAAAAGAGGAGACAGAGGCAUUAUCUGUAUAAUAAUAUUAAUUUAGGAGCGUUGCCUGUUUGUUUUUUGUUUUGUUUUGUUUGUUUUUUUGGCCGUGUGAUUUUUUAAAACUAUGUGUUCCCAUUUACCUUUUUACUGUAAGCAGAGGUGACACAUAUAAAAAAUCCUUAUCAUCCCUGCCUUUCUUACCAUGGAUUAGGAUAUAGGCCACGUAUCCAACAUUUUCCAGCUGUCUGACUUCCUGCGAGUAUGUCCACUCCGUGGUCACCGCCUUCUUCCCAUCUUAUCUUGUGGCGUCGGUGGCCUAGUGGUUAGGCUCUCGAGCUCGCAACCGUGAGGUCGUGGGUUCGAAUGCCG